CCAGGACAGCCACCACUUGGUGUCUCUGUUCCCUGUCCUGCUGCUGCCUCCGUCUAACGGGAAAGUUGUGGAGUUGUCGGAGUGUGAGUGAAGUGGGGCCAGUGAGAGUGGGACAAGCUGUGGAGCAGGGCAGAAGGUGUGUCCCAGGCUGGACCGAGAGCGGCAGGAGCUGGGGGAGAGGGAGCGGGGAGGCAGGCAGUCAGCCCCAGCCCCAGCCCCAGCCCCAGCCCCAGCUCACGGUCUGCUCCCUGUUGUGCUGCAGGUCCCGGGAUGAGAGCGGACGGGCAGCGGCUGCACUGAGCAGCCAGGCUGGGCCGGAGAAUGCUGUCCGGGGAAGGAGCUGGCAACCUCUCCCGGCAAAGCCUCCACUUCCCCGCCGGCUUACUCAUCAGCUCCCCGAAAAGGCGAGUCCCGAAGCUGGGCAGGAAACACAGCAACGGAUCGGUGCUGUCCAGUUCGUCAGAUACCACAUUUAAAUCGAGUGAAAGUUUUGGUGUGAGGCAGCCAGCUCGGAACAAGAUCAAGCGACACAACCGAGGCCUGGCCACGGUGUUCAGGGGCCGAAGCUUCAAGGACGAGAAGUCGGGGCUUGAAGAUGGAGCUGACCCAGCCACCGAUGACCCGACUGAGCUCUCCACCCAGGUCACAGCCCCUGGCAUACUCAAGAUCUUUGGGGAUGAGAUCUGUGCAGGUGCCAACUACAAGAGUGUGCUGGCAACGCCUUGUUCCAGUGCACAGGAGCUGCUCAAGGAGGCUCUGGAAAGAUAUUCCCUGGACAAGAACUCCAGCAGUGAUUAUGUCCUUUGUGAUGUGAUUGGACGGUCGGAUGAGGAGCACAAUUGGCGGACUGAGUGUUUUCGGGUUGUGAGUGACAGUGAGAAGCCCCUUAUUCUUCAGUCACUCUGGAAACCAAAGGAGGGAUUUGCUCGGAGGUUUGAAAUGCGCAGGAAGGUUGACGUGGAAGAAAUUGCAGCAAAAGAGAAAGACACAGUGACAGCAGGUAUUAAUGCCCAGGCUCGCCGACUCCAAAUGAGCCGAGCCCGGGCCUCGUCGGCUCUGACAGAUGAGGAGAUUGAAAGCAGCUUUGCCCUUUGGCGAAGUGCCAGUGAGGUGAAUCUAUCAGGGAAGAGCAGGGAAUCAAGACGGAGAAACAGGAAUCCUUGGAUGGAAGCUACAGAGACUGAGGUGGACACGGAACAGCUGUGUCUCAAUCUCGAGAAGGAAGAGACUGAAAGCAGUGACGACACCUCCACCCAAUAUUCCAUCCACCCACCGUUUGAGUUCCCCUACUUUCUCCUGCUGCAGGGCUACAGUUCCAGGAAGGAUUUUGUUAUUUAUGUGCUGAAUGGAAGCAGUCAUGUGUUUGGCCGCUACUUGGAUGAGCCAAGAGGUGAGGAGGAGCGGCAGAAGGUGGACAUCCAGUUGUCAGCCCCAGAUAUCUGCUUGCAACAUUGCUGGGUGCGGCGUCACGAGGUGAGCUCCAGCAGAGAGAGUGCUGAUGGCACUGAGCUGGUGACACUGAUCAAACCGGGCAAAGGAGCAGUGGUCACUCACAACGGUCUCCGGCUCUGCACAGAGAGCCAGCUGCAGCCAGGUGACCUCCUGGGCAUGGGGGCCCACUACCUCUUCAUGUACAAAGACCCGACCCUCUGCAAACUUCCUGUCAGCCAAAACCCUGCGUGGUACCCGUCGCCAGUGCUGAGCCUGAGCCCAGGUGGGGAGCUGAUGUGUAAGAUGUGUGGCUGCAUCGUUCAGGAGAAUCAACAGCAGGUCAUAAUUCCUUCAGCAGAGAAACCUGCUCCCAGGCUGAAAGACUCGAAGGGCAGAGACUAUGUCUUCAUGUACAAUCUCUCGCAGGAAGAUGCACUUCUGAACUGGAUUAUCAACAGCCCUGCCAAAGACAGGGUGCACUCCAAACUGAGCCCAGCCUUCCUGCUCUGCCAGUGUAUCCAGCACUCAGCCAGCUCCUUCAGGCCCACAGACUUCCGCAGAUUGCUGCUCAGGAUAGCAAGCCAGAUCCAAACAGUCAUGUGGGUCAGUAUCGGGGGUUAUUAUUCUGUUCAGUUUCUAAAAGAUAGCCCAAACUUCACAGUAGAAUUCUCUGAUAUACCCCACACCCCUCACUAUAACGCUCUGAUAUACCACACACCCGUCAAUGAUUUUGACCCAGAAACGCUGAAGCAACAGCGAUUUAUUUCCAAGUCAGGAUGUGAGACCGGGGACAGUGAGGAAGUCCUUCCGAUCCGAAUGCCAGACCUGAUUCCAGGACUGCAGCCUCUCAUAUACUGGAUGUCCAAUUCCAUCGAACUGCUGCACUUCAUUCAACAGGACGUUCCCAAACUCUUAACAUGGGAUCAGCACACAGAGCAGAAUGAUUGUCAUAAGGACCAGCUCUCGUCCACGAAGGCGGCGAGCGAAGAGGCCAUGACAGUACUGGAGGAGGUCAUUAUGUUCACCUUUCAGCAGUCAGUCUAUUACCUCACCAAGACCCUGUACACUGUCCUGCCUGGGAUGUUGGACAGCAAUCCCUUUGCAACUGAGAUAACACAGCUCAGCAUCCCCCAAGGAGUUAAGGACGUCUUGGAUAUCUUCCAGGGAACAUUGAGCCUGUUGAAAGAGUAUCGAGUUCACCCUGAGCUUGCCUCUCAGCUCUUUGCUUAUCUCUUCUUCUUCACCAAUGCAUCGCUCUUCAAUGCUCUCAUGGAACGAGGAUCAGGAGGAGGUUUUUACCAGUGGACGAAGGGAGUGCAGAUCCGUGCCAAUCUGGACUUGCUGCUUGACUGGAUUCAGGGCAUUGGGCUUGGAGAGCAGGCUGCUGAACUCUUCCUCAAGUUAUCGACAGCUGUCAACUUGCUCGCCACUCCCAAGGAGACUCUCCUCCAGGCUAACUGGAGGUCUCUGCGAAGCGAUUUUUUUAGUUUGAACCCAUCGCAGCUCCAUCACAUGCUGAGGGAAUAUAACCCAGGCCGGCCGUGCCCGCCGGUGUGGAAUCCUCUUCCAGAGGACCAACACAUGGCACUGAGAACAGCUGACAUCCUGGAAAGCUUUGACAAUCACCCACCCCUGAUCCUGCCUUCUAGCACUUUCCACCUCGAACUUGGAAAGCCCAUUGCUGAAUCCCUGGGCCUCACCUCCCAGCUGGAGCAUGUCAAAGAGUUUCUGCAGAGCCUGGAGGAACCAGAGUCACUGGCAACGCCUAAACCAAGCAGUGUUGACCAAUCCCCACAGAAUGCAGAAGCUGGAAUGGGAGCAGGAGCAGGAGCUGGAGAAGGAGCAGUUCCCAAUGUUGGAGUGGGAAUGGGAGCAGGGGCAGAGAUGAAGAUGCCCAGCUCUGCAGAUGUUUCUGGGCAUUGUGCCAAUCAGGACAGCAGCCAUCAUUCCAGCCCAAUGUGUGGAGGCAAAUCCCUCCGAAUGGACCAUUCUCUAUUUCAUGGCCAUGGCCCAGGUAGCCUUCGAUCCUGCCAGGCAGAGCUGGCACACAAACUGAAGAGCCUCGAACUCCAGAACAGUCUCCCUGGGCAACAGGAUAUUGGCCAGAAGAAGUUGGCACUGGAUCCUUCCUGCCUACUGACUCCACCCAACACGCCACAGAUACUGGAGCUGGCAGAGGCUGAGAAUGAUCCCAUGGAGCUGGUCUGUAGGAGGAUGGUAAAUGGUGACCGGCUGGAACCAUGUAAUGAGAGCAGUCUGGAAGAUAGCUACAGUCAGCAGAAGAGUGAGCCAGGUGAUGAGGUCUUCACUGUCAACUUAGAAAGAGGGCCUCAUGGCCUCGGUCUGGCAUUAGUGGAUGGACUGAAAACCCCGUUAAAUCGGAGUGGGAUUUACAUCAAGUCGCUGGUUCCUGACUCACCAGCUGCAGGAUGUCAGAGGUUGCGGCCGGGGGAUCGGAUCCUGGCUGUGAAUGGCACCACCGUGGUGGGCCUGGAUUACCAGCGAGCACGGGAGCUGCUCAGAUCGUCUGGAAACAAACUGUGUCUCCUGGUGGCAAAGUCUGAUUCGGAGAUGGCAAUGAAAGUGUUAACAUCGAGCAGCUAUUCUGACUGGAGCAGAGAUGGGAAACGCUAAAGCCAGUGAGGGACAGUGCGGACCCUGCGACUGCCUGGAGGUGUUUGCAGAAAGCAAAGAUAUAUUUCAAUAUUUAAGUCCAGUUGCCGUGUUGUACUGGGGGCAUGACCAUCGAGUGGGUUAGUGUUGGUACCUGCCCACUCACUAUCACUGCCACAGCAUUAACCCUUUGACCAAUGUACUGAGCUCGGGAACUCCUGGGGAAUAUGGAGCAGGGUUCCCCAGCAUUAUGGGUAUGGUGAGGGGGGGGCAAUCCCUGGGAUUGAGGGGCAUUUUACGAGAUUGCCGAUCAGAACAGCAGAGGAAUCUUUGUAACCCUACCCCAUGAUAAUGUCACAGGCUCCUGUUUACCCCACUCCCCCCUCUACCCCCCCACCCACCCACCACAGGCACCUGUUUACCCCACUCCCCCCCUUUACC